GGUCCAAAUUUUCUCCAUUUCCCCAUAGGCCCCUUCCAUCUCUCCUUGUCUUCUGUUCCAACUCCGACAAUUAAAAAUGGACGAAAGCUACUAGUAAAUGAUGUUUUGACGAGAGAAAGUGUUUAAGUAGAGAAGUUACUAGUAUUAAACAUUAUAGAAAGUACAUAAUUUUUGGGAGAGUAUCAGAAGAUGUUAAUAAUAUAAUAGCAGAAGGACGUUGAAUGGAGCAUGUAAGUGGGAAAUAAGAGUAGAGGAGAAGGGCACAAGAGUCAUAUUAAUAAUAUAUAGAUUUGGUACCAUCCUCCUUAUAAAGAGAGAGAGAGAGAGAGAGAGUCGUGGUGAGUGGUGACUAGUGAGUGAGUGAUACUAAUAUAAACAAGAAAAAAAGAAGCUGAAGAAUGUACUGAAAAUGGAGACAAGGGUGGUGAAAGAGGGAGAUGUGGAGAAGCACAUUGGUGGCUGCAUGGCCGGCUUCUUCAACAUCUUCGAUCGUCCUCAUCUUCUCUCCCCCAAACGAUUCUCCCUGCCCAAACGUCUCUCCUCCUCCUCCUAUUCUUUGAAGACUGAACCUUCCCUGGACUCAGGGAGCCACAGUGUCUACUCCACCCCACAGCUCCGGUCUCCGGCUCCCCCAGAGUUUAAACAACAAGUAGUAUCUCCCAGGAGGUUCUCCAAAGAAGCUCCUAGACUCUCGCUCGACAGCAGAGCCGUGGUGGACGCCAAGGGAAGCCUCAAACCCAGACAGAUCCACGCUGAUGUGGGGUCUGGAUCGCCCAGCGUGAUCGCAAGGCUCAUGGGAUUGGAGGCAUUGCCUGAUUCUCAGCAGCAGCAGCCUCUUCAGCGAUCUGCAUCCGAGUCAAGGGUCAUCAGCAGAUUUGUGGACAGGUUAAACUUUCAAAACCAGCAGAGCAGCAGCACCCAAGGAGUUGAAGAAGAUCACCACUCCAGGAAGGAGCCAUCAAAAGCUUCUUCUACUCCAGUCCCGCUAAGGCGAAAGAGUUUUUUCGAUACAGCAGAUUUCUUCCCGGAGCCCAGGCAAGUGAUGAGUCGUGGAUCCGAGUCUGAUCUUGAAACCCUUAAGCAGCUCCUCGAAGCUCUUAGGCUCAAAGGACUGUUGCACUCCUGUUCAACGAACAGGAAUGUCAUCGUCCCUCAGUCUCCCAUCAGAUCUGUAGCUUCCAAGCGAGAUCUAAACAAAGCAAAGACACUGAGGAGAAGUGAAAACAGCGUCAAGACUCCUAACAGGAGACCGACGCUCAAGGAUUCCUGGAGAGCCGAACAUGUCCACACAAGGAACGUCAGCCAACGACGACGACCAAUUGAAGACGACCAUGAAGAGUUUAACAGACAUGGGAAAACUCUAUUGGAGAGAUGCGAUAAGCUUCUCAACAGCAUUGCUGAAAUGGCUGCGUCUGAGGUUGCGGCUGCGGGAGAUUCACAGCCGAGUCCAGUCUCGGUUCUUGACGCCUCCCUUUACCAAGAGGACUCUUCUCCAUCCCCGGUCAUGAAACGCACCCUUCACUUCACUGAACUACUACUAGAAGAUGAAUCCUUCACGUCAUCAUCUUCGGACUCUGAAUACGACUACAUCUCCGACAUCCUCAGAGCCUCCAGUUGCCUACCGCAAGAAUCCGACAUCUUCUCGCUGCUCGAAGAAAAGCAGCAAUACCUCAAGGGCGCUCAUGAGAGAAGGCUCACCUUCGACGCGGUGCAGGAGAUUGUUGGGCGGAUAAGGAGGAGGGGGAGAAUGGUUGGAGACGCUGACGAGAUGCUGCAGCUGACCUGGUCCGAGUUUCAGAAGCUAAGAAAGAAAAGCUCCUCGCCAGCUGAGGAGGAAGCAGCGGACCUUGUGGGAUACGUGUGUAGGGUCCUCGGGAGAGAUCUAACGGAGGACCCUUGGCGAGAUUUUCAGGUGGAGACGUCUGAGGCGGUUCUCGUCAUCGAACGGCUCGUUUUCAAAGAUUUGGUUGGUGAGACUAUACGCCAUAUGGCUGCUCUUAACAGGUCCGUCUCACUGCGUAGGAGGAGGAGGCUGCUCUUCUGAUGCAAAAAAAAAACUAGAUUAUUUAAAUCUCUGACACAAUCUGAAACAGAACCCUUUUUUUAGCAAAUACAUGGGAUCUGAACACAUGAGAGAGAGUGAUUGGUCUUCUUUAAUUUGUGGUUUCUUUUAUUUCAUUUUUGUUUGUUUGUAUUAUCAUUUGAAAUGUGUGAAAAGGCUCGUCAAGAUAUAUAUAUUGCAUCCCGGAUUUGAUCAUA